UCUACCUUUCACCUUCAGACAUACCAGGAUGGGAUCCAGCUCCAAGCUUUUCGACGAACUAGCUGCACCUGCUCUUCUGAGCUAUUUGAUGCACUGGAUGCUACAGGGGGUACUAACAGUGCAAGUCUAUUUCUACUACCUCCAGUUCCCCCAGGACCCUCUGCGACUGAAGAUCCUUGUCUACGGACUGUUCGUCUUUGAAUGGGUCGAGUGGGGACUGGUCACUGAGGAUGCCUUCAUCACCUUCGUUUUCAACGCGAGCAAUGGCAUAGCCGAAUACUCCACCAUCGCAAACGAGUGGUUCUCCCUGCCGAUCAUGUGUGCACUCGUCUCGGUCACGGUGCAAUGUUUCUUCGCAUGGCGCAUCUACAAACUAUCGAGUUCGCGGGUUUUGGGUGGUGGCAUCGUACUGAUAUGUCUGACUCAGUCUAUCGGCGGAAUCAUGACGGGAGUGAAGUUGAAAGAGUCGCGGUCCAUAGGAGAUGUCCUGGGUUCGACGUCCGGACGAAUCACUAUUGGCAUUUGGGUUGGAGGCACCGUGAUAGUCGACGUUGUCAUUGCGGUAUCUAUGACUAUAUUGAUGCUCAAGAUGAAAACGGGGAUAAUAAACACCAAUCAAAUGAUCGAUAAACUCGUCCGUCUUACUGUUGAGACCGGUACUUUGACCGCGAGCGUCGCUGUAGUAGGAGUUGCCCUCGCUCUAGCAUAUCCGGAACAAUCGUAUUACAUGCCAGCCAUCUACAACGAAGCUAAACUUUACGCCAAUAGCUUGGUCGCACAUCUCCUGAACCGUGCAUAUCUAUCUCAUGCGCCGGCGGCGACCACUGGGAGCAGAGUAUGGACUUCGGUGGCGUUUGCGCCCAGGAUGACGGCACCAGACUCCGAAAACUCCUCGUCUGACAAUAAACCCUCGGAUCGGGAGGUUCAAGUGGUGGAUAGAACGGUCUCUGCAUGACAUGUUUUGAUACUACCAGUCCCCCCCGGCGAAGAUCUUGAAUUUUGAUACGUAUAUAUGUUGCACGGCAAGCAGUACUAGGAGGAGAAAGUAAUUAGCCUG